AUGCCCACUAUAGGAGGCUUUACUGUAACACCAGUAUCAAAUCCCGAGCACGUAGAAACUAUUCAUUCAUCACCACUUGCCGAACUACGUCCAUUAACAUCUCAAUCUGCUCACUUUCGAACACCAUCGCCAAAAGUAGAAAAAAUGCAAAACGAUAUAACGAAUACCUCAACUGAACUGCGUUGGAAUACAACAGGUUCCACUGUGGCUGGUACUGGAGUUUCAGGUUCUACUGAAACUAAUCGACUAAACGAUCCCAGUGACAUCGUAUUGGAUUCAUCGAAUGCUCUUUAUAUUGCUGAUCAGUCUAAUAACAGAGUCGUGAAAUGGAUAACCGGUGAGUCGACGGGAACUACUGUUGCUGGUCAGGCAAAUGGAGGAAAUCUAUUGAUGUCUAUUUCAGGUACCAAUGGUUCUGCCCUCAGCCAACUAUCCUAUCCAAAUGGUAUUAAUUUUGACUCGAGCUCCAGUAUUCUUUACGUAGCAGACACCAAUAAUCAUCGCAUUAUGAGCUAUGCCUCGAAUUCAUCUAUUGGUACUUUGGUUGCCGGUGGAAAUGGAUCAGGAACGUCAUCUCAUCAAUUAUAUUCCCCAUAUGCAGUUCAUUUUGAUUCAUUUUCGAACAGCCUAGUGAUUGCCAACUAUGGUGCCCAUAAUAUUGUUCGGUGGGUUAUAGGUGCCAGUGGUUGGACACUUAUUGCUGGAUAUAUUGGUUCAUAUGGUAGUACAGCAAUGACGCUCACAUACCCUACAGAUGCGAUAUUCGAUCCAAUGGGAAACAUUUAUGUAGCCGACCGCAACAAUGACCGUAUACAGUUUUUUCGUGCUGGCCAAACCAAUGGAACAACUAUCGUCGGUAUCUCAGCGACACCUGGUAAUACACCUAACCUACUCUAUCGGCCAUAUUCGAUAGCACUUGACAAACAACUUAAUCUUUACGUGACGGAUUCAAACAAUAACCGAGUCCAAAAAUUCCAACGAUACUAA